GAAAGAGUAAUGAUAUUGGUUUGCAAAAGAUGGCGACACAAAUGAAAGUGAAACUAGACAAAUAUUGGGAGGGGGAUGGGAUAAAUUACUUUCUCUUUGUGGCUGUUUUUCUUGAUCCUCGUUACAAGUAUGAGUAUGUUGAAUUUUGUCUUAAUCGGGUGUAUGGGUUGAAUCAAGCUAAAGAUAUGUUGAAAAAAUUGAAGGAUAUCAUUCAUAAGUUGUUUGAGUAUUACUCCAUGAUGUAUCCCCUUCCGGAUGGUAGUUCUUCUAGUAGUUUUAAUUCUAGCAUUGCCUCUCAUGAUCAUGGGGUUGGUGGUGAAAAUGCAAUUGAGGAGGAUGGCUUCGAAGAUGAGGGUUAAAAAAAGCAAGGUGAGGUCAAAAGGAAUGAAUUGAAAAGAUACAUGGAAGAUGAUGUGGAGGAUAACAUUCCCGGUUUUGACAUUUUGCGUUGGUGGAAAUUGAAAUCAAUGAAGUAUUAUGCUCUUGCUCACAUGGCUAGGGAUUUGUUGGCUAUUCCUGUCUUUACCGUGUCUUCUAAGUCGGCAUUUAGUACUAGUGGUCAUGUGCUUGACCAAUUUAGAAGCUCAUUAAGUCCUUCUACUGUUGAGUCUCUAAUUUGCGCACAAAAUUGGUUGAAGACUCAAGAGAAGAUGUAUGACUUAAAGCAAGAACUUGAAGACCAAGAAAAACUUGAAUUAGAGCUCUCAGCUUUAACAAUAUCUAAUCAAGCCAUUGGAGUUGAUGUUGUUUACAACAAUUUGAGGUCACAACUCCUCUCUUGAAUAUGCUUGGUUGAUAGAGUGAAGGACUAUGGAGUGAAGACUUUGAAAAACAAAUAUUUCUAUUGCACUUUUGUAUUGAGCUUCUAAUGUUUAGAUUUUAUUGUGUUUUGGUUUUAGCUUUUUUCAAAGAUUAUUCACUAGACUUUUGUAUUUAACUUCUAAUAUUUCUAUUGCACUUUUAUAUUUUCAUUAGACAAGAUUAUUCACUAUUAA